UAGACGUCAUCACACUCACACUCUCCACGUCGUCGUCAUGUACAGGAUAGUCUUGCUCAGUUGCGCCGUGGCGCUGUGUCGGGCCCAGCAGUACGUUGACCCGAAGACAGCCGCCAUCCUCAAGGAGGAACGCUACCUGAGUGUCGACGGCAAGUUCGGCGCCGCCUACCAACAGGAGGACGGCGUGCAGUUCAAGGAGGAGAGUGACGCCGACGGUACCCGGCGUGGUAGCUACAGCUACAUCGACCCAUCCGGUCAGAGGAGGACUAUCUCCUACGUCGCCGGGAAGAACGGAUUCGUCCCCACUGGUGAUCAUCUCCCAGCCGUGCCUGCUCCUGUGGUCAACCCGCUGCCCCAGUACAACCCUCCCCAGCAGAGUUACAACCCUCCCCAGCAGAGCUACAACCCUCCCCAGCAGAGCUACAACCCUGCCCCAGCUCCGGUCAGACCCCAGUACAGCACGCAGGAGGACGACGGCCAGUGGGUAGACGACACCAAGGUGGAGUAUCCCCCCAACUCACCCUCCAACUGGAACAACCCUGCCCCUCAGACAUGGAACACCCCAGCUCAGCCCUCUUGGAACGCUAACCCCGCUCCUCAAACUUGGUCCAACCCCGCUCCUCAGCAGUGGAGUGCUAACCCUACCCCUGCCCCAGUCUACAACCCCACCCCCGCACCCCAGAGGUGGUCUGCCCCCGUGGACCCCACCCCAGCCCCUCACAGGUUCUUCCCUCCUGGUAAACUGAGUCUCAACAGAGCGCCGGACGGAUUUAGUUUCUCUUUUAGCAAAGCCUAACUUUGUUGUUAAUAGUGAUUUCACCCCUCGUGUAGAUACUCCCCUCGAAUAAGUAUUGUGAUAUUUAAAUUGUUUUUAUAACGAAA